AUGCGCGGGCGCGGGUGGGCAUGCGCGUGGUAUGCGUGGUGCGCGUGCGCGGUGCUGGCGGCGGCGGGCGCGGGCCGCGAGCUGCGCGUGCUGCAAGCGGACGCGCGCACCGCCUUCUACGUGGCCAUCGCCGCGCCCCCCUCGGCCGCCGACGUCGUGCGGGUGUUCAACCGCUCGCUCGCCGACCUCUCUCACACGUACCUGGCAGGCGACUACCCUCUCCAUCUGCGCAACAUCACGCUGCUGCCGCUGUACAUCGAGCUGCCAGAAGAUGAAAAGUUCGGUGUCCGAGUGUUGGAGCGCACAUGCUCUGCGCUCGACGGGCGGCGCGUGGCUGCGCUGCUUGUAUGUGGCGGGGGCAGCGCAGCCGCAGCCGUGGUGACAGCGGCCGCGCGCGCAGGCGUCCCUGUGCUCCGCGCAUCGCCCUCUCACGUGCAUCUCUCCUAUACCAUCGCCAACGAAUUGCUUCCAUUAGAGAUUCGACUGGAAAUAACUGCGCGGGAAACCUUACACGCACUCAGAGCUACAUUGCUUCACACGCACUGGCACUCCUUUACUUUGCUGGCAGAGGAAGAUAUUUACACCACACUGUCCUUACGGAAAGAUUUGUCUUCAAUAGUCACUGCUCCGCCUUUAGAUCCAAAAUGGCUGUCACUUCCAAAAAAGUUCUCACGACAUGUUCUUUUCAGGCGGCUAGCUGAGAUAUCAAGGCUGACCCGAGGCGUCGUUGUCUUGAUAUGUGAUGUCAAUUACGCUAAGCUCGUUAUGGAUGAGGCCAAGCGUCUUAACAUGCUCGAAGGAAACUUUUUCUGGCUUUGGUUAGAUGCUUCCAAAGAUGUUGAUAUCUUCCAUAAUAUAAGUAACAGAACCCUAUAUACCGAAGAUAACGAGCAAGAUAUUGACAGCCUGAGGGAUACCGAUGAAGCUCUAGUAUACGAACGCUUUGACCGCAGCAAACGAGGCGAUGCUGACAAUAAUACAAUAGACGAUCAAACAGACGCCGAAACUUUGAUAAAAGCAGAUAAAACAGAAGAACAACCUACCAGUGAUGGAGUUUCUGUAAAAAAUAGUUCUAUAAAUUCAAAAUUUCGUCGCACAAGUCGACAUCUGAAUGAUUCAGAAGCACACGGUGUAAACAAAAAAUUAUUAUAUUUAAAUUUUAGUAAAUCGUAUGAUAGUAUUCGCAAUAUUAGUUUGGGAAGUAUGAGAAAUUAUAAUGUAAAUAACAAAGGCGUUGAAACUUCUAAAAUCGAAAACAAUUCAAUUGCGAAGGGAAUGCCCUUUCAUUAUAGAAAUAAUAGUAGACAUAAUAGUUAUAGGGAGAUGAAAAAUGAAUCUUUUAAUAAAUAUGUAAAUAGCAUAGAUGUAGAAGAUGUGAAUGUAGCUAAAAAUGAAAUAUUGGGACAAGAUGAUAUAAAUAGCAAUGAUGAUAUUAGAAGAGUAAAUGAUAGCAUAGAUUUAUCAAGUGAUAUUAGUGAUUUCUUAAUGAAUCCCAAGGUGCAUGCGUCUUCAGUGCAUAAUUUUAAAGAGAAAACAGAAAAAAGAUACGAUAAAAGAUUGAAAGAAGAUAUACUUGACAAAGAAAGAGGAAAUAUUAAAGAUAACUUGACUGUGAUCUUCAAAAGCCUUCCGGUUGGAUUAUUGGCUCUACAUCCACAACCAGUGAAAAUAGAUCGGGCGUUUAUAAAAGCAGCAGUACGGAUGACAGUGGGAGCUCUUCGGCGUGUGUUACAUGCUUGCGACGCGUGGUCUGCUCAGGCGCAGUUCUUGAGUGACGCAACCGCCUCCUGCUGGGAAGAACCGAGUGACGCUGCUGCCGACUUCUCCACGGAAUUUGUAAGAGAAACACGCAUAUCUUCAGCGGCGGCGCUCGCUGGUGGCACAGAGCGACCAGAGCGAUCAUUAACAGCAUCUUUCGCUCUCUUGAACCUAGUUCCUGGACCCGACGGCGAGAAUAUGUGGAGACAAGUCGGCCGAGUGCUUGGUCGCAGUGUCAGACUCCAUACGAUAGUGUGGCCCGGAGGCAGACUCGUAGCACACGGACAAUCCGAUGGUGCUCGGACAAUAUUCCGCAUCGUGACAGCACUAGCCCCGCCCUUCGUCAUGGAAGGAGAACUCGAUGAGGACGGCCAAUGUCUCCGGGGCCUUCUAUGUCACCGGCCACAAACGUCCGACAGAGAUAAUCUGACCCUAGCGUUCAAUGAAUUGGAAAGGGAAAGCGAUCAGGAUGAUUUUUUCUUCCCCACGUCUAAACCCGUAUUCACUAAAAUGGAAACGCAUUGUUGCUAUGGACUUGCAAUGGAUCUUUUAGAAAACAUCGCACAAGAACUUGAAUUCGAUUUUCAUUUAUACAUUGUAGAGGACGGACUAUACGGAUCCAGAAAACUUAUCAAACCAUUUCACCGAAUUUUUGAAUAUAAAACCGUCGCGAGCGAAUAUGCCCCAAUAAAUUACCAAAGUUAUCGUUCACAAUACCGUAACGGUUACAAAUCAGUAGAGGAGGACGCAGAAGAAAUGCCAUACCUAUUUGAUAUGGAACCAGAUGAAAGCGUUGAAAAAUGGAAUGGUAUUAUAGGGGAUUUAGUGUCUGGUGCCGCUCACAUGUCGUUUGCCGCACUCAGCGUGUCCGCGGCCCGGGCAGAAGUCAUAGACUACAGUCAACCUUAUUUUUUUAGCGGUGUGUCAAUACUUGCCGCCCCAAAUCAAAGACCAGACAUUCCAUUGCUUGCGUUUCUUUUGCCAUUUUCGCCAGAAUUAUGGAUUGCAAUAUUUACUUCACUUAAUGUAACUGCUAUAGCAGUGGCAAUAUACGAAUGGCUCUCACCCUUUGGAUUAAACCCUUGGGGACGGCAAAGAUCGAAGAACUUUAGCAUUUCCAGCGCGCUAUGGGUUAUGUGGGGCCUUUUAUGUGGACAUUUGGUAGCAUUCAAAGCACCAAAAAGUUGGCCUAAUAAGUUUCUAAUAAACGUUUGGGGUGGCUUUUCUGUGAUAUUUGUCGCCAGUUACACUGCCAACAUAGCGGCCUUGAUUGCUGGAUUGUUUUUUCACAAUGCUGUUGAUGACUACCAAGGUCGAAGUAAUUGGCUGUCAUUACGAGUGGGGACGGCCAGAUCGUCGGUGUCUGAGUACUACGUUCAACGAAAUAAUCCACAGCUGGCGCAACAAAUGCGUCGUUACGCCCUCCAAGAUGUUGAAGAAGGUAUCCAGAGACUCAGGAACGGUACAUUGGAUCUUUUAAUAGCUGAUUCUCCUGUGUUGGACUAUUACCGGGCCACUGACCACGGAUGUAAGCUACAACGCAUUGGUGACCACCCACUGGCUGAAGAUGCCUACGCUAUCGGCAUGGCCAAAGGCUUCCCUUUAAAAGAUAGCAUUUCGGCUGUGAUAGCUAAAUACUCAUCAAACGGCUACAUGGACAUUUUAACGGAGAAGUGGUACGGCGGCUUGCCUUGUUUCAAACUCAGUCCAGACUAUGGAAUCCAACCGAAGCCACUUGGAGUGGCAGCUGUUGCGGGUGUUUUCAUCCUACUAGGAGUUGGUAUGAUCGUCGGCUGUCUCAUAUUGAUCUUGGAGCAUUUGUUUUAUAAAUACACCCUGCCCGUCCUGCGUCACCAGCCUAAAGGUACUAUAUGGAGGAGUAGAAACAUCAUGUUUUUCAGCCAGAAACUGUACAGAUUUAUAAACUGCGUGGAGUUAGUUUCACCACAUCAUGCUGCUCGUGAACUCGUCAAUACCAUACGACAAGGACAUUUUACUUCACUUUUUCAGAAAAGUGUCAAAAGGAAGGAACACGAACAGCGUAGACGACGAAAAAGUAAAGCACAACUCUACGAAAUGAUUCAGGCUAUAAGAAGGGUACAACAGCGGGAUCACUCAUUAGGUUCUAUAAAAGAGCAAGAACCAGUAGAGACAGAAACUGAAGCAUCCGAAGAAGUUACCGAGUGCAAAUUUUUGUCCCCGUCCCCAGACGUGUCUAAUCGCUCGCCACGACCCGGCCGAUCUCCUCGACAGUUACGUUCACCGAGAGGCCGCAGAAAAAGAUGUAGUCUCGCAGGACUAAACGUACGGCGAUUUAGUACCGAUUCCGUCUUAAAUUCUGACUCUGUUUCUAAUAUUUAUGAGCGCACAAGUCAUAACAUAGGAAGAAGGCUCAGUCGAGACGUCCUGACCAGUUCCCCCCCAGACAUAAAUACUCGCCUUCGAACUCCUUCGCCUAUGUUGCGCCGCGCAGAAGGGUCCUCCACGAGAUCUUAUCAAGAUGUUUCCGAUAGAUCUGAAAAUUACCUUAGUACAGACUGUCCUACCUCUAGAGCAAGUGUUGAAAUUUUGGUUUCACAAGAUGAUUCAGACUUACCACCUGCUCCCCCGUAUCCAAGAGUACCCCCAUCGGGGGGCAGGUCGGAAUUGUCGCUUUUAUCAGAAGAGGAACUAAUAAGAUUAUGGCGUAGUUCGGAACGCGAAGUGAGGGAGGCGUUAUUGGGAGCACUUCAGGAAAGGCGGGCUAAUUUAGAUCCUAAACAAGAUCCGGGAUGAACGAAAGGCUAUAAUCCGUAUUUGGAAUGGAAUAGGUCUGUGCAGAAUCACUUUUCAUCUCUCAUUGCCGCUCGGCGAGGGAACGAUAAGGAGUAUCGACCAGAAUACGCCCGUAGUGGUUGAGUUAGUGCCUUUUUACAUUGUUUGAUGCGGACACGUCUCACAGGCGUUAGUUAGUGAAUCGGUGUUCAUUUCAGUGUCUUGAUAUUAUUAUUACAUUUGGAAGGCUGCCUUACUUUACAUUUAAUUGCUUCUUCAAUAUUGGAUCUGCGUCAAACAAUUUAAAUAAUGGUACUCGGUAAGUAAGUUAGGUUCGGAGAUGUUGACGUCCAGUAAAUUGAUAUAAGCUUUUUUAGGCGUAAUAUAGCGUAUGAGUAAAUCUGUAGAAUUGAUAUUAAAGAUCGUUAAUGUUAUAUAUGUGGAAGAAUAUUACAUAGCUAUGACCAGAUAAUUUAAAGUGCUUUAACCUAUAGUCUAGAUCGUGAUAGAUAUUUCAUUCGAUGACAUUAUUGUACUUGUAGUUAAAAGUUAGAAUUCAAGUGUCAAGUUGUUUCCACGAAACAACAUUUGGUUUAGUCACUGAAAAUGUAAUUACUGGGCUGUUGAAUGGAAUAACAAUAUUGUGAAUAAAACCAAUUUGUAAAUAAUUAACGUUCCUAAUUUUACUGUAGCUCACUUAUUUAACAAAGGCAAUUAUGGAAUUCAAAACAAAAGAGACUUUAUGACUGUAUUCUUAAUUUUAUGUUUUAUUGGUAAAAAACGAAAAAAAGCUUUUAUGAAGCAGAUAGGACUGUACCAGAGUAAUAAAAACAAAUUUAUUUGGUAUGGGGAAGACGACAAACAAGUACGUAUGGUAGAAGAUAGUAUGGUCUGAAAGUCAGUACCUAUAAUGUACUAAUACAAAUAGAAUUACGAUUUCUGAACAGCAUUCCUUCGUUCAUAUGGUCUGAUAAGUUUAUAAAGGACAAAAAUAAGUUUAUCUACCUUCUUUUACUUACCUUGCUCUAAUUUAAUAUAUUUCCGCUAUCCCGAUAUCAAUUUUAUGAAAUGCCUUUCAUUUAUCGGUGUAAUUCGAUUGGAUUGGAUUUUAUUUCGAUCCAUCUUUUAUCGGCAAGGUAAUGCAUUAGCGCAGUUUGAUAAAUGAUUAUUGGAUAUGAAAUCGUCUCAUAAGAACCACCACUUUACGAACAAGUUUUGUGAAGCGAUUAAGGAAAACUGGCGAAGCGAACGAUGUGGGUAGCCAUAAUAGUGGCCUAGUGGGGCUUGCGGUUCCCUUAGACCCUGUUUAAAUACUAACUAAUUUGUUUAAAGCAUCCCCUUUACAAAUAUAUCUCUAAAUUAAUUAGUAACGAAACUAUGUUUUAUAGUUAGGAUUUUAAUGAAAUGAAUGAAAAACUGCCAAACAUCGGAUUAGGUGUUAAUAUAAUUAUUAGAGUUCACUUCUUCCUAGAGUUGCACCCUAGUAGCCUUUAGUUUAGAAUUUUCUCUCUCUAUUAUGCCCACACAUAUUUAUUAAUAUGUGUAUUAUAUUUAUCCUGUCCUAUAUCUUACCUAUAUCUUUCAUUAAUAUUCCCUACUUGAUAAGUCUUACAAAUU